AUGAAACCCGGUCCCGGCCCUAUUAAAAGUUCCACGGGACCGUCUCGCAGAUCUCUAGGUCUCGGUCCUGUGAAGUUUGGUCCCGUAAUAAAUCCCGCGGGACCGGGACGAUCCCGCAGACCUCUAGUCGAAAGCGCUGGAUCAGUUGGAGUAGUUCCCUCGAGGAGAAAAGUAAAAAAGAAAAGAAAAGUAGGAUAUACAUAUGAUAUGUUAAAGAUGCUUGUCAAACUAUAA